GUUUUGUUUUGUUUUGUUUUUUAUUUACAAUUUAUACAUGAUUGUUUAAGAGUUUACAUAUAAAAUAUGAAGAAAUUAAUAAUAUUUUUGUUAAUCAUAUUUGUAAACAAUGUGUCUAUGGAAUUCAUAACCUUAAAUGGCUCAUGGAAGGGAAAUAUUUUGUGCGAUAAAACUUCUCAUCAAAAAUGCAAAGAAUUAGAAUUUCCAGCAGUUGUACCAGGCGGUGUUUAUACAGAUUUAACUGCAGCACAUUUGAUACCGGAUAAUUUUUUAGCAAUGAACGAUAUAACUAAUCGAUGGGUUGGUAAUCAAACUGUUCUAUACAGUAGAAAUGUUACUGUUACAAGUACUUUAAUGGAUGGUUCAACGGUAGCAUUGAUAUUCCAUGGUGUGGAUACUUUUGCUACAAUUUAUUGGAAUGAUCAUAAAAUAGGAGAAACUUCUAAUAUGUUUUUAAAAUACAUAUUUUACGUAGAAGAUUAUUUGAAGAUAGGAGAGAACACUUUAAAAAUUGUAUUUCAUUCACCUGUAAAAAUGGCUGAGGAUUUAUACAAGAAUCAAAGUUUACGAUACAUCGUACCACCAAAAUGUGUUCCCAAAGAAUAUAAUGGAGAAUGUCACGUUAAUCAUAUUAGAAAAAUGCAAGCUAGUUUCUCAUGGGAUUGGGGCCCAGCUUUUCCUUCUAUGGGCAUUUGGAAAAGCGUUGAAUUAAUUUCAACCAAAGAAAUCCUAAUUACAGAUAUUACAACGGAUGUUUAUGAAAAAAAUGAGUUUUGGGAAAUAAUUGUAACGAUAUUCUUUGAAAUUCCUCCUCGUAAAAAUAUUGAUGACAUUAGAUGCACCAUAAAUUCAAGAUUAUAUCUAACAAACACUAAUUACGUUCAAAAUUCAUCCGACGUAAAAUUACAAGUCAAGGAUGAUGAAUAUGUUACAGCAUCGAUUAUAUUACAAAUAGAUUCAAAAUUAAUUGACAGAUGGUGGCCAAAUGGAUAUGGGAAACAAAAUUUAUACACGUUAAUGGUUAACAUUACUACAGGAAGUGAAACGUUGAAUAAAUCUUUACGUAUAGGUUUUAGAACUAUUGAAUUAAUAGAAGAACCUUUAAAGAAAGGAUUAAGUUUUUAUUUUCGUAUAAAUGGUAUAUCAAUAUUUGCAAAAGGAAGUAACUUUAUUCCUGCGAGUAUAUUUCCUGAAUUAACAGCUGAAGAACGUGUUAUCAGACAUUUAUUAUUAUCAGCUAAAGAAGCUCAUAUGAAUAUGAUCAGAGUUUGGGGUGGUGGGAUGUACGAAUCUGAUUUAUUUUAUAAUUUGGCUGACGAAUUUGGUAUUAUGAUUUGGCAAGAUUUUAUGUUUGCGUGUGCCAUGUAUCCAACGAGUGAUGAAUUUUUGAUAUCUGUUAAAAUGGAAAUUGUACAAAAUGUUAGACGAUUGAAGAAUCAUCCAAGUGUAGUUUUAUGGGCUGGUAAUAACGAAAAUGAAGCAGCAUUGUAUAGUAAUUGGUAUGGAACUGGUAAAGAUGAUGUAUACAGAAACGAUUACAUUAAACUUUAUGUCAAUUUAAUUGAAAAUGAAAUGAAACAAUUAGAUACUACCAGACCUUUUGUAGUAUCCAGUCCUAGUAAUGGUUUAUAUACCAAAGAAUACAAUUAUACUGGACAAAAUCCGUAUUCUAAUUUCUAUGGGGAUGUUCAUUAUUAUAAUUAUUUAAACAAUGGAUGGGACAUUAAUCAAUAUCCACGUUCAAGAUUUAUGUCUGAAUAUGGUUUUCAAUCGUUUUCAUCGAUUUUAACAAUUUCCAAAAUUAUUCAUAAUUUUCAUGAUUUACGUACAGACAGUGAUAUUAUGAAACAUCGUCAACAUUUGCCAUUUGGUACGGAAUUGAUGAAAUUACUUAUUUCGAAAAAUUUUCUAAUACCAAAGUCAAACGAUACAAUCAAAGAUUUUACAAAUUUUGUAUAUUUAAGUCAAAUCAAUCAAGCUGUAUCUGUUAAAAUACAAACUGAAUCGUAUCGUCAAGCCAAAUCAGAAUUGAAUGAUUUAGGUGAAGGAUUAACGAUGGGUGCACUUUAUUGGCAAUUGAACGAUGUUUGGCAAGCUCCUUCGUGGUCUUCUAUUGAAUAUGGAGGAAGAUGGAAAAUGCUUCAUUAUUAUGCAACAGAAUUUUUCUCACCAAUUAUUGUAACGUCUCAUUUAUCUCAAGUAAAUGAAUUAUCUAUUUAUAUUGUUUCCGAUAAAUUGUAUGAGAUAAAUAAUUGUACUUUAAAAUUAAACAUUUAUAAUUGGAACUCGAUGCAACCACUUCGUGUAUAUUCUUAUAAUAAUAUUAAAGUUGAAGCAAAUAAAGCGAUGUUAAUUACAUCAAUGUGGCUUGACAAGCUUCUUGAAAAAGUACAAUGUGGAACGUUAGCAGAAGCUAAGAAAUUUUGUGUCAUACAAUUAACGCUUGAAGAUAAUAAUGGAUUACAAAUAGCUCCAAUUAAUUAUGUUUAUCCAACUGUAUUAAAAGAUGUAAAUAUUCCAUCAGCCAAUGUCAAAAUUAAAAUAAAUGUCAAUCAAUUACCAGGAAAAUUGUCUAAUUAUCCAGAUUAUGAAAUAGAAUUAACGACCAAUGAAAUAGCACUUUUUGUAUGGUUGGAAGUGAAAACGAUAGAUGGUCGAUUUUCCGAAAAUGGCUUUCACAUUUUCCAGAAGACUAAGUAUAUUAAGUUUCAUGCGUAUGAAGCAACUACGCCGGACAUGUUAACAAAAAAUAUACAAAUUACAACUCUCUCGGACGUUUACAAACAGGAGGAUGAUGAUCGUUCAUUCGUUCAUGAAAAUACAAAUACAUUUAUUGAUUAGAUGAAAGUAAAAUA